AUGAUUCUUCCACCUGCUAACUUCGAUGACCUAACCGAUGAUAUUAACGUUGAAACAAAGAUAUUUCUCACAGUGAAUCGCUCUCUUCCCUCUGUUCGCAACGUUCUGAAACAGUUAACAGCGACGAUUCGGUUAGUUGCUCUUGUUGCUGAUCUUUUUAGUACUGAUGCAUUUGAUAUUGCCAAGGAAUUCAAGGUCUCUCCAUUUCUUUUCUUCCCAUCAACGGCUAUGGCAAAGCUAUUGGGCUUUUAUUUGCCAAAGCUUGGUGAGACUGUGUCAUGCAAGUACAGAGACAUGCCCGAACCGGUUCAACUUCCGGGUUGCGUGCCGAUUCAUGGAAGGGACCUGAUGGACCCGGUGAAGAACAGAAAGAUUGAUUCAUACAAAUGGGUUCUUCAUCACGUAAAAAGGAAUAAACUGGCCGAGGGUAUUAUACUGAAUAGCUUCAAUGGCGUGGAGCCAGGAGCUAUAAAGGCUUUGCAAGAGGAAGAACCGGGUAAGCCGCCGGUUUACCCCAUUGGACCGCUCAUACAAAUGGGUUCAAGUAGGGAGAGUGAUGGGUCGGGUUGUUUGAGCUGGUUGGAUGAUCAGCCAAGUGACUCUGUCUUGUUCAUCUCCUUCGGAAGUGGUGGGACUCUCUCAUAUGACCAGCUCCAGGAACUUGCACUAGGAAUAGAAAUGAUGGGGCGGCUUGAAAUUGCAAAGGUUGUGAAGGGUCUAAUGGAAGGAGAGGAAGGGAAGGGUUUACGCAACCGAAUGAGAGACCUAAAAGAUGCAGCUGCAAAGGCGCUUAGUGAAGAAGGGUCUUCCACGAAAGCACUUGCUGAAUUGGCUUGCAAGUGGAAGAAUAAGAUUAGUACUUAG